GUGAAUUGGUAUAAAAAGGCUGCCAAGUUGUCGAAACAUCAACAGUCUUUAGGCAUUGGAGCUGAGUAUCUAAUCCGGAGCAGUUGUAGCAAUGAAGUUAACUAUCGUUCUAUUGGCCCUCGUUGGCCUAGUGGCCGCCACUAGCGUUUCUUCGCCCACCAAGGUUACCGUAGCCGAUCAUGCUUUCUUGGAGAAACAGAAGUUCCUCUUCGAAAUCGUUUACCGCGUGGAGGAUCCACUGAUGUUCGAGGAGUACAUCAAGAUGGGUCACACUUUGGUCUACGACAAGGCACUUUACACCCACUUUGAUCAAUAUAUGGAGAUGUUCUACGAAUCCUAUAAAAUGGGCGCACUCUUGCCCAGAGGUGAAUUCUUUGGUGCACUCGUUAAGACUCACCACAAGCAAGCUUACGGUUUAUUCAACUUCUUCUACUACGCCAAGGAUUGGGAAACGUUCCAAGCCAACGUCGCAUGGGCUCGCAUCCAUGUCAACGAAGGCAUGUUCGUCUAUGCUUUGACUUUGGCUGUCAUCCAUCGCGAUGAUUUCAAGGGUUUGAUGUUGCCAUCCAUCUACGAAAUCUUCCCACAAUAUUUCCUCAACAGCAAAUUGAUUUAUCAAGCUGAGAAAUUCGAUUACAACACCUGGAGUAAAUACACUCAAUACGAAAAGGAAUUGAACGAUGUCUACCACAAGAACCACCGUAUCUAUGAUAUCAUAGACUAUGGUUACUACACCACCGCUGAUGGACACAAGAUCGAUAUGCGCAAACCCGAAUCUAUUGAACUCAUCGGAAGUUACAUGCAAUCGAAUAUUGAUACUUUCGAUAGAUUCUUCUUCAGCUAUUGGAAUAUGUUAAGUCAUAUGUAUCUCGCUGAUGUGGACUACAACGAUUUUGAGAUAUAUCCAAAUGUUUUCCUCAACUUCGAAACUAUGAUGCGUGAUCCAAUGUGGUACAGCUUCUACAAGAAAGUUGCCGAUGUCUUCUACCGUUUCAAUUAUCAUUUCACACCAUACACACAAGAAGAACUGUUUGCUCAAGGAGUUCAAGUCAAGGAUGUCAGCGUUAGUGAAUUG